AUGCCAAGCAGUGUCAACAGGCAGGAGAAUAUGAAGUCAGGACUGCUGAAGAUGCACAAGCUAUGGGUCAUGUUGCUGGCUGUAGCUGCAAUCUCACUUUUCUCCAUGUGCUUUCUGGUACUGAACAAUAGACCUGACAUUGAGGUUCCAGAAGCAAAAGCGUGUCAAAGACUGUUGAGCAACAUAACACAACCUCAGAAGGUAAAUGAAGUCUGGAGCCUGAGACAUGUGAAGUUAAUGCAGACCUGCCACUGGAAGUCCAACGCAACUGCCUUGGCCCAGUACAGGGCAGAGCUAGGGUGUUGCUGCAAUGCCUCAGUCUGGCUGGCUGUGACACAGGACAACACACCACUGGGGUCUAAGAUUGUCUAUGAUGGAUAUCAAACAGCAAGCUUGAAAGUCAGCAGUGGUUUGAUAGAGAUUCUGCCAGAGAAAUCCCCUUUUCUGCACUCUCUCUACAAAAGCUGUGCUGUGGUGGGAAAUGGAGGAAUUCUCAGGAACAGCAGCUGUGGCUCUAAAAUUGAUGGGCACCAGUUUGUAAUGAGGUUUAACCUGCCUUCUGUUGACUUCCCUGAGGAUGUGGGCAGAAAAUCCAGCAUCGUCACUGUAAAUCCCAGUAUCCUUCAGAAAAGGUUUCGUGGUCUGAAUGGUCGACGUUUGCCAUUUUUGAAUGCAGCUGCUUCCUAUGGAAAAACUUGGUUUCUCAUUCCGGCUUUUUCCUACCCUGGCAGUGCUGAGGCAUCUUACCGAGCAGUCUAUGCCUUACAGGACACUGCCUCCCAGUCACGUGCUUUCUUCUUCCACCCUCGCUACCUGAGUGCUUUAAGCAAGUACUGGCACGAUCAUGGCUUUCACACCCGUCGCCUCUCUUCAGGUUUCAUGCUAGUGAAUGCUGCUCUGGAGUUGUGCCAGCACAUUACACUCUAUGGCUUCUGGCCUUUCUCUUCGCAUCCUGAUGGCCAUUCCCUGCCCCACCAUUACUAUGACAAUGUGCUUCCUGACAUCAGGUUGCACAUCAUGCCCAAAGAAUUCACUUAUUAUGUGGAUAUGCACUUCCAUGGUGUGCUGCAGCUGCAUCUGGGGCGGUGCUAAAGGGUCAAGUCAAAGAUAAAGCUAAAUGGGGUCUGCUGCUGUUUUCCAUUCUGGGAUCUUCUGAAGGGAAUACACAGACCUAGAGACUCUGAGAAUGAAAAAUAUGCCUUCUGUUUUCCAUGCUGUUGCAGUGGAGGGUCACUAUCAGUAAGAAGCAUUAGCAUCAGCUCAUUUUAGUGUUAGUUAAUUGAGAGUCACGAAUGCCUGUUAGUGUUCAACGAAUAAUAAAAUUGCUAGUAAAUAACUUCCUUCCUUGCCAGCAAUGUGAAUUUAUGAACUGCAUUUCAGAAUCUGAAACAAUAACACCACCUGUUAAUAAACUAGCUAAGUGCUUCUUACAUUUUGAUCAAUGUCUGUAAUCUGCUGUUUUAAUCAGACUUA